CAGGAAUUGGUGCAGCCAUUUUUUUGGUGCGAAAAAUUAUGGCAUUUUUCAGACAGAACGCACUGUAAAACCGAAAUCACUCUGCUUUUUAAUCUGUGGGAGAUUUCUUUUGCAAAAUCGAGAAUACAAAAUAUCAACAAGCAGUGAUUCAAGAACGAUUCAAAUAUGCCUCAAAUGGAUAUAUCACAAGUCCAAAUGGUGCGCUCUGCAAAAGAUGUUGACAUGCUAUGUGUCGACAAUUUUCUCUAUCAUUUUGUCGAUCGUGGCAAAAAACAAAAAUGCCGGUGGGUUUGCAAUAAGUUAAAAAGCAAAUACCAACCGUGUCGAUCGCGUAUAGCUACUGUUAUUGUAGAUGGUGAUGAUAGCCAGCAUAAGAUAGUACGAGUGACAAAUGAGCAUACGCAUGAACGUUGCACUGAAAAGGAAAUAUCUAAGGUGGUUGAACGAAAGCUCCGAGCAAACUUGGCCGGAAAACCGUGCACGCUGAGAAACAAACGAAAAUCAAAUGCUUCAGCGGAAGAACAUGAAGAUGAAUCUAACUCAAAUAUUCAAUAUGACGAAGAUAUGGAAUCAGACGAGUGGCCAGCUGAUGAUGAUGACUUCUUUCCUAAGCAAGCUAAAAUUAGUAAAAAGCAAACUGUUGCAAAUUCCGAUGAUAGACAGUCAACCUCUGGUUCAGCGAAACACUUUUUCAAUUUCGAGAAACAAAAAUUAUACAUGCUUAAAACUGCUCUUGGACGCCAAAUGAUAUGCGUGGAAGGAUUUCUUUACCGUUUAGAAUCCAAAUCUAUAACUUCGAGCACUCAUCGAUGGGAGUGCAUAAAACAAGAUCCCCCAUGUAAAACUCGUAUUCUCACUGAGUGUAUUUCAAAUAACACUCAUCGCUUAAAAGGCCAUCAGCUGGUAUCACACAAACACGACGCUUAUACUCCAUUGAAACUAACGAAAUUGCUUCUUAAAAAUAAUAUAACCGUACUAAAUCAAAAAGGGGAGGCAGAUAAGAAUUUUCAUUCAAUCGAAAUAGUGGAUUUAUCAGAAAACGAAGCUUGCGCUACACCUUCAAAUAAACCUCCGAAAAAACGCAUAAUGGAAAGUCUCAAUGCCAAAACUAUAAACCAGCGCAAACGAUUACGAACAAAAGCAAAACCUGUGACCUAUACCUAUUCAGCAGAUCCGCUUGCAGCUUUGUCUACUAGUACAAAAACUGAUUCGUACAAAGCGAAAUUCACCUUUUUGCCAUCAGCAAAGGGAAAUAAAGUUCUCUGUCUUGACAAUUAUAUUUAUCAUUUGGAUACGAGAAGUCCCCGUAAUGGACGCGCAUACUGGACAUGUCUCUUACGCCGCGACAAGUUUUACAAGUGUAAUGCGCGUGUCACUACGGAAAUGACCCAUAAGGGUCCUAUAAUAAUACGUGUCGCUGGAACACAUUUGCAUUCGGAUCAUUCUGAAGAUAUUAAGCGCCGCUUAUGUAGAAGUGUUGUGGUACAAAACGCUGAGAAAGCAGGCCUUAAAAAAGAAAAUAUAUUUGAUGAAAGUGGAAAUGAAUUGAAUCAAGAGUUCAGAGAGAUUGUGGAAAAAUCAAAGGAGACCAUUGAACGUAGUUUAAGUAAACUAACAAAAGACGAAGAAGAACAAGGGACAUCAAAGAAUAUUACUUCAAAAAGCAUGCCUUUUAAUGAAAAUACGUCUUCGAGCCUCUCCAGUGCUUUAGACUCUGAUGAUGAUCACCUAGAUGACACAUCUACUCUGCCCACAAAGUUAGAAGAAAUGUGUAAGGACACUAAAACACAACCUUCUUUCAAAACCGAAGUAAUCUACAAAUCUACGUACGACGAUUUGGCAGAUGCAGAAGAUGAAAUGGAAGUAGAAUAUUUAGAUAUAAAUACGUAUACGAAUGAUGAAGAUCAUUUGGAUGUAAGUGCAUGCACGAAUGAUGAUUUCUUAGAUUUGUCUAAGGAACGUCAGAAAGCUAUAUUAAAGUCAAGCUUAACUAACGACAGUGAAAUGAAUGUGAACAAUGUAUCAACAUUGCGCUCAGCUAAGGGCGGUGAAUUAUUAUGCGUCGAUGGUUAUAUUUACCAUUUAAGGAGUUCACAAAAUAAUCGCACUUACUGGUCUUGUAUAAAAUGCAAAGAUCCAGAGCUCAACUGCAAGAGUCGAGUAUCCACAAUCAAUGUGGAUGACGAAAUACGUGUCUUUAGAACCACCAACCAUCAUACGCAUCCGGUCAUUGAAGCAGAUAUUAAGCGGCGUCUAUAUAAUGAAAUUAAAAAUGAUAAAAUCGAGUCGCAACAAACAUUUGCGGGAUCAUUCGAUGCUAUAAAUGUGAAGUACACAAAAAUCCUAGGCAAAGAUCCAAACGUUAAAAAGGCUUUAGACAAUUUCGAUGCAGAAAUUGAUGAUGCGAUAGGAAUGACUAUGAAACUGUAUGCUGUCUCCGAUGGACCACCAUCGCUAGCCGUCCGUAUGGUUCUCCAGGCUCUCAAUAUACCUUAUGAAUUGGUAAACGUUGAUUUCAUCGCAGGCGAACAUAUGACCGAUGAGUAUGCGAAGAUGAAUCCACAAAAAGAAAUUCCGGUGCUUGAUGAUGAUGGUUUUUAUUUAUCGGAGAGCAUUGCCAUUAUGCAGUAUCUAUGCGAUAAGUACGCAACGAAUAGUAACCUUUAUCCGAGGGAUGCCAACAAACGUGCUAUAGUAAAUCAACGGCUGUGUUUUAAUAUGGGUUUCUAUUAUUCAGCCAUAUCAGCUCAUAGCAUGGCACCAAUAUUCUUUGAUUACCAACGUACCGAUAUGUCUUUGAAGAAGGUUAACAAUGCUUUGAAUGUAUUUGAAACGUACUUGCGUGAUGGCGGCAAAAAAUAUGCUGCCGCAGAUUUUCUAACUAUUGCCGAUUUCGGGUUGGUGUCAGCCACUUUAUGCUUAGAGGCAAUAGGGUUUGAUAUAUCAUCUUAUCCAUUGGUGCAAAAGUGGUAUGAAACAUUUAAACAGGAAAAUCCAGAAUUAUGGGAAAUCGGAAAAGGUGGAAUGUUGGAAAUCUCUGAAUUCGAAAACAAUCCACCUGACCUUUCUCACAUGAAACAUCCAUUUCAUCCAACUCGAAAAUCGAAGGUAUAAGCUUAAAGUAAAUGCAUUGCAAAGCAGAGGUUUUAAGUGUUUUUGAUCCCAAGUAAAUUUAAUGCUUUGUUCUAAUUAUUAAGAUGUAUUGAUAUCAAAUAUAUAUAUGUAUGUACGAAUACUAC